AUGGGUCGGACACUGAAUCUCUUUGCCGAAGACAUGAAUGUGGUGGACGUCCUAAUCCGGAUAUACAGCGAGAGUGUGCGGCAGAUCCGACACGUGGACACCGGCACCCGAACCCGCAUAACAAGUCACUUAACCGAGACUUAUAACGGAACGGCAGUUAUCCGGGCCUUCGGUGCCGACCGUGACUUUGUCCGGGAAUCGCACCGACGUCUGGACGCACACAAUAGGUGUCAAUACUCUCUACUCGUGGCCAAGUGUUGGCUCGCCGUACGGCUCGAGUUCUUGGGCUAUAGUAUAGUGUUAUUGUCGGCAGUGUUUGCCGUGGCGUUCAGGCAUACAAUGACCGCCGGUGUGGCCGCUCUGACCAUCACUUAUGCCGUAAACCUAACGGCAAUUAUGGCACGGGUUGUGUUGGGAGUGACGGAAACUGAAACAUAUAUGAUGGCUGUCGAGCGCUGUCUGGCUUUUACUCAAAUACCGAUUGAGGACUAA